ACUUUUUUUUAUGUCAGUUGGUAUUGAGGAAAAUCACGUAAUGAUAUGACAAUCACGCGUUACCGGAAGGCCGAUCUUCAAUUCAGUUCAUUAAAACCGUCAGCCGGGUCGGACGCUGUUUAAAAUGAUUCUUAGAUUUUGUUUUAUCGUCAUUUCGUUAGCUUUGUGCUUGUCGGUGCCGAGUGACUCCGCUCGGAUUCUUGCUGUGUUCCCGACCCCGUCCAUCAGCCACCAGGUGGCCUUCCGACCGCUGACACAGGAGCUGGCCAAGCGAGGUCACCAAGUAAUCGUCCUAACAACAGACCCCGCUUUCAAGAAGGGACAGCAACCGGCAAACCUCACAGAAGUAGACCUCCACGAUGUCUCCUAUACAGCAUGGGCGGAACAUUUCAUGAAAGUAGUGAACGGAGAUUCAGGAAAUUCGAAAAAUAUCAUGUUGACCAUUUUCAAGUCCCUGAACUUGGUAUUCGAACUGCAGCUUCACAUGAAAGAAGUGCAGGAAGUGUUGAACAGUAAACAACAGUUUGAUCUGAUGCUCAUUGAGGCGUGUGUGCGACAGGCUCUAGUGUUUUCUCACGUGUUCAAAGCGCCGGUCAUUCAGGUCAGCUCCCUGGGAGCGGUGCCUCCGAACUACCAAGUCCUUGGAGCACCCUCACACCCCAUCCUGUACCCUGAACUGACAAGGCAGCGGCUAUUCGAUUUGAGUAUUGUGGAAAAAAUACAGGAAAUCUACCAUGACAUGUGGAUUCGUUACCUCUUGUGGAGUUUAGAAGAUUCGGAGAAUAAGAUGCUAAAGAAGGUAUUUGGGCCGAACACUCCCAGUGUAUCUCAGUUGUACGAGAAUGUAGACAUGUUGUUUUUGAAUAUUAAUCCGGUGUGGGACAACAACAGGGCUGUGCCUCCGGGAGUUAUCUUUAUGGGAGGCAUUCAUCAAAAACCCCAUAAAGAUAUACCGCCUUCUGAUUUGAAAACGUAUUUAGAUGGAUCAAAACAGGGUGUGAUUUACAUGAGUUUCGGUACCAACGUAAACCCGUCGCAAUUACCAGCUGAUAGAAUCGCUUUAUUCAACAAAGUGUUCUCGAAGCUGCCCUACGAUGUUGUAUGGAAAUGGGACAAAGACUCCAUGCCGGGCAAAGCUGAUAAUGUAAAGAUUGUCAAAUGGGUGCCACAAUCAGAUCUCCUACGCCAUCCCAAAGUGAAACUGUUCAUCACACAAGCCGGUCUUCAGUCGACAGACGAGGCAAUAUCGGCUGGGAUGCCACUCAUCGCAUUCCCUAUGUUGGGAGAUCAGUGGUACAACGCGGAACAAUACGUCAAACACAAAAUAGGACUCAAACUGGACAUAGCAGAAAUUACUGAGGAGCUACUAGAACAAUCUAUCAAGCAAGUCAUCCAUGAUAAAAGCUACCGAGACAACAUCCGUGCCCUCCACACAGCCAUGACCGACCAGCCCCAGUCCCCCCUCGAGCGGGCAGUCUGGUGGGCAGAAUACGUGAUCCGGCACAAGGGGGCCAAGCACCUGCGCUCGGCCGCCGCCAACAUACCCUGGAGCGAGUAUCUGAUGCUGGAUGUUGUCGCCGUUCUACUAAGUGCAGUGGUUGGGGUUUUGGCUGUGGUUUAUUGGGGUUUGAGAUGUCUUUUCAAGCAGACGGGUAAGGUGAAGAAGGCGUAGGUUUUUGUGAUUUGUAAAUGUGAUUUUUAUUAAUAUGUAUGUUAGGCUUCUUAUGAAUUAAGUGUACCAGGCUGUGGCUGUGAAAUGAUAUUCAAUAAACAUGUUGUGGGCAAGGUGGCCAUUAAAUAAAGUAUCGAUUACUUUUAAUUACUUAUUGUUUAUGUACUAAUUUAAGUAUUUAAAUAGGCCAAUUAAUCCAAUAGAUUAUUAGCAAGUUAUUUUUCGUGCCCUACAUGUUAUACAUAAUUGCAAUUAUUGUAUUGCGUUUACGAUGGCGUUCACUACACCAACAAGUAAUCGCAAUGUUAUCAUUAUCAACGUGACUCGCGCCGCGCGGCGCGCAGUGGGACGACUGUAUGGAAGAGCUGGAAAUAGAAAUCUAAAAAAGAAAUAUUGACAAAAAAAUACAUUGUGAUUAUUAUCAUGAUAGCUGAAAUAAGGCCGGAAUCUGGAUACAAGGACCUCGUCACAGUAAUUUUCAUAGUAGGUAAAAGUACCUAUAGUAUAUUUUGUCAAAUAAUCCCCGUAAUAUGACAGUAAUUAUGAAGUUACAAAGGCAUUACUUACUAAAAUACAUUAUAUAAAUGUACCAUGUAAUACAGGUUGUUGCAAAAGUGGUAUAAAGGACGGCCUAAUAGUGACUCAGUACGUAAAUUCUGUCACUUGUAUACGACGAUUUUUGCAACACCCUGUUGUUAAAUUUAAUCAUUUAUAUUUUGUCCGAAGACCUCUAUGUCCAACAUGUCACAGUCGUCCCACUGUGCGGCGGCGGCGCGUGCAAGCGAUACGCAGCGUAAAUCAAUUAGCAGAACAAACUCCGCGGCACUGCACUGAUAACAAAUACAGCACCACCUAUUAUUAUUAGUUGACAACUAUUUGUUCCGACGUGUGUUGAUUUUAUGUCUUAGUUAGGGUAAUAGAAUGAUAUAAAGAUUUAUGUAUACAUUUUGUAAAUAUGGUGAUGGAUUGUGGCAGUUGUUGCGAUGAAAUUAUGAAGAGUUGAUAAAGGUACUUACAGCUAAGUAGGUUCCAUUCGAACAUAAAUAAUUAUAUGGGAGGGAUGCGCUUGAUAUAGCAAAUUGGAAAAUAAAAACAUAUUUAUAAGAUAUAGGAAAUAUAUUUUAUAACAUGAAGGUUUAAAUAUUUUCUUUUUUUAUGCAUAAUUAUACCUGAAGUAUAUGUAAGUACAAUGUACGCAGCAAAUAGACUUUGGUAAUUUACGAAUGGCAUUAAAAUUAAUGUGUUACUUAUUAUUCGGUAAAUGGUUUAGAGUACCUAGCUUAAUUGAUUGCUUGGCAUAUCUGAGUUUAUCAGUUCCUUUUGAAUGUGUCAUUGAAUGUUGAGCUAUUAAAAUAAAUGAAACCCGUAUAAA